AUGGAGGUUGAUGAUGGGACGAGAGAGGAUAAAGAGGAAAAGGUUCGGUUAUUAGAAGAAGGGUUGGAUGAGAUCAUAACCAUCAACCAUCUUGGUUUCUGGCCUAGCAAAGGCUUAGAAACAAACCAAUUGAACAAGAAUCUCUUUGUUUCUCAAUUUUUCAAUAGGAGGGAUAAGGAUAAGGUUCCUGAACAGGACAGUGGUGGGCCAAACCUUAAAAUAAGGGGAAAAAAAUCAAAGUGGGGUGUCCACUCCACAAAGAAGAUUCCAAAUCCAAAAUGA